AUGCAUACGCUUGCCCUCUUGUCGGGCCUCGUAGGCAUCGCCAAUGCCGCCUGUCCCUACAUGACGGGCGAGAUGCCCGAGUCUGUUCACCGUCGCGAUGAUGGAAAUGCCGCUGCCGACACCGAAGACUUCCUCUCGCAGUUCUACCUUAACGACAAAGAUGCCUAUAUGACCUCCGACGUCGGUGGCCCCAUUGAAGACCAGAACAGUCUGAGCGCCGGCGAGCGUGGCCCGACGCUGCUCGAGGAUUUCAUCUUUCGCCAGAAGAUUCAGCGCUUCGACCAUGAACGGGUCCCCGAACGUGCCGUUCAUGCCCGAGGCACUGGAGCCCACGGAGUAUUCACGUCGUACGGCGACUGGUCAAACCUGACGGCCGCUUCAUUCCUUGGCUCCAAGGGAAAGGAGACCCCGGUCUUCGUUCGUUUUUCCACUGUCGCCGGCAGCCGUGGCAGUGCCGACACGGCACGAGAUGUACACGGGUUUGCAACUCGCUUCUACACUGACGAAGGCAACUUUGACAUCGUCGGAAACAACAUCCCCGUAUUCUUCAUCCAGGAUGCCAUCCUAUUCCCCGACCUGAUCCACGCCGUCAAGCCCCGCGGCGACAACGAGAUCCCGCAGGCCGCCACCGCGCAUGACUCGGCAUGGGACUUUUUUAGCCAGCAGCCCAGUGCCCUGCACACCCUGCUCUGGGCUAUGGCCGGGCACGGCAUACCUCGGUCGUUCCGUCAUGUCGACGGCUUCGGUGUUCACACGUUCCGCUUUGUCACGGACAAGGGUGCUUCAAAGCUGGUCAAGUUCCACUGGAAAGGCAUGCAGGGCAAGGCCAGCUUUGUCUGGGAAGAGGCCCAGCAGGUGGCUGGUAAGAAUGCGGACUUUAUGCGCCAGGAUCUGUUUGAUGCCAUUGAGGCUGGGCGCUAUCCUGAAUGGGAGCUCGGCGUGCAAAUCAUGGACGAAGAAGAUCAGCUCCGGUUCGGAUUCGACCUGCUGGAUCCUACCAAAAUCGUGCCCGAGGAAUAUGUGCCUGUCACGAAGCUGGGCAAGAUGCAGCUCAACCGCAACCCGAAGAACUAUUUCGCCGAAACCGAGCAAGCCAUGUUCCAACCUGGCCAUAUUGUUCGUGGCGUCGAUUUCACCGAGGACCCUCUCCUCCAAGGUCGUCUGUUCUCCUACCUGGACACGCAAUUGAACCGACACGGCGGCCCCAACUUCGAGCAGCUGCCCAUCAACCGGCCUCGCACUCCAAUCCACAACAACAACCGCGAUGGAGCAGGCCAAAUGUUCAUCCCCCUCAACAAAGACGCCUACACCCCAAACACCCCCAACUCAGGCUCCCCAAAACAAGCCAACCAAACCGUCGGCAAGGGCUUCUUCACCGCACCAGGCCGACACACAAGCGGCAAGCUCCUCCGCAGCGUAAGCAGCACCUUCACAGACGUGUGGAGCCAACCGCGCCUAUUCUGGAACUCGCUCGUCGCCGCAGAGAAGCAAUUCGUCGUCGACGCCAUGCGCUUCGAAAACGCCAACGUCAAGAGCGCCGUCGUCCGCAACAACGUCAUCAUCCAACUCAACCGCAUUAGCAACGACCUCGCCAAGCGUGUUGCCGCCGCCAUCGGCAUCGAUGCCCCGGCCCCAGACCCGACUUUCUACCACGACAACAAGACCGCGCACAUCGGCGCCUUCGGACAGAAGCUUCUUAAACUUGACGGGCUGAAGGUCGGCGUGCUGGCCUCCGUUGCCAACGCCUCGUCCAUCGCCCAGGGCGCGCAUCUGCAGUCCAAGCUUGCCUCUGCCGGCGUCGACGUCCUCGUCGUCGCGGAGCGGAUGGCCGACGGCGUUAACCAGACGUACUCCGCCUCUGACGCGAUCAAUUUCGAUGCUGUUGUCGUCGCGGACGGCGCGGAGGGCUUGUUCGCCGCGCGCGCGGGUACGGCCGCACCUACUGGCAAGGCUGCCGGUACCUCGUCCCUGUUCCCGGCGGGGCGUCCGCUCGAUAUCCUUGGUCAGGCGUUCCGCUUUGGUAAGCCUGUUGGUGCCAUUGGGAAGGGGUCUGCUGCGCUGCGUAGUGCUCAGAUUGAUACUGACCGGAAGGGCGUUUAUGCGGCCAAGACGGUUGAGGAUGACUUUGUGAAGGAUGUUAAGGAGGGUUUGCGCACGUUCAAGUUUUUGGAUCGGUUUGCGUUGGAUCAGUAG